CCGGCUGGCCCGGAGCAUGGCGCGGGAGCUGAGCCAGGAGGCCGUGCUGGACUUUCUCUGGGGGGCCGGGGGCCGAGCCCCCAACACGGCGCUGCUCCGCCACUUCCAGCGCUUCCUCCGCGACCCGGCGCUGACGGAGCAGCAGCGGCGGGAGCGCCGCGAAUACUUCAAGAGCCUCGUCAAUGCCCUGGCCACCGUCCACCCCGCCGCUUCCCCCGGCGCCUCCAAGGACAUCGUCCUCCGCCGCAGGUACCGCGACCUCCUCGAUGAGGAGCUGCCGCCGCCGGAGGACCAGCAGGAGCAGGAGGAAGAAAAGAACGACCCGCCGCUGCCGCCGCCCCGACGCGACCCCGACUGGCGGCGCGGCCCCCGGGGGGAGGCGGCGGAGAAGGGGCGGGGUUCCCGUUCCCCGCCGCCGCCCGCCGCGCAGCCGCCGCCGUACCGGACCCGGCCGCUCUCCUCGGGUCCCUGGGCGCUUCACCCCGCCGGUCAACCGCGCUCCCGGCUCCCGGUGUUACCGUCGGGUCGUACGGCGCUGACCCCCGCCGAGCCGCCCCCCUACCAGAGCCCUCCGCCGCUCUCCGCCAGCCCGUCCCAGCCCCGGUCCCCCCCGCUGCCUCCCACCGGGGCGGCCCCGUUGGGGUCCCUGCCGCCACAACGCCCUCGAGGGCCACCCCUGACCCAAUCCCGGCCGCUGCCACCGGGCCCCGGGGUGCUGCCCCCGCCCUGCUCUCCGCCACAUCCCCGCCGCGGGAUGCCCCGACCACCCUCAGCCAGCCCCGGGGGGCAGCCCUGCACCAGGCCAACCCACCCCCCGCUGCUGUCGUCAGGCACCAAGGGGCUGUCCCCCACCCAGCCGCCCCGCUCUGAGCCACCCCCAUCCCGCUCCCUGCUGUUGCUCUCCACCCCCGGGGGGCUGCCGUUGUCCCGGUCCCUGCAGACGCUCCCCGCGGGUCCCUCCGCAUCCCCACCACUUUUAUCGGGCCCAGGUGUGCUACCCUUCACCAGGCUGUCCCCAGCGCAGUCCAGGUCCCUGCAGCAACUCCCCACCAGGCCAUCUCCCUCCCCGCCGAGGGAAUACCGGGUGCUGGCUCCCAACGGACCAACCCAACCUCAAGCCCUGCUGCCGUGCCGAAACCAAACUCUGCUGCUGCCGUCAGGUCCUGGAGUGCUGCCCCCCACCAGGCCACCCCCAUCCCAAUCCCCACCACAGUCCCCCCCUGCCAGGCCAGCCCCAUCCCAGUCCUUGCUGCCAGCACGGGGCCCCACAAAGGCCCCAGCCCCAGAGAGCAGCCCUCCAGCGCCGCUGCCCGUCUUCAGGAGCAUCAGGUGCCAGCUGGCUCUGCUGGAGGCACAGGGCAUCCCCCCAUCACUGCCAGACGACGGUGGGCGGCAGCCCCGCACCCUGUCCUGCAAGAGCUCCCCUAGGAACGCCCCGAGCCGGGGGCUGGUGGUGCCGCUGGGGCAGCGGGAGCACUCCUGGCUGGUGGCGGUGUCAGCGGGGCGCUGGGCGCGGGUGCGGGGGCUCUUUCUGGAAGAGCCAGAGCUGGCCCUGCAGCGGGACUUCAUGUCGGGGUUCACGGUGCUUCACUGGCUGGCCAAGCACGGCGAUGGGCCGGGCCUGCAGGAGCUGGCGGCAGCGGCGCGGCAGGCUGGGCUGGCCCUGGACGUGGACGCCCGCUCGGGCUGCGGAUACACGCCGCUGCACCUGGCUGCCAUACACGGCCACCAGCUCGUCAUUAAGGUGCUGGUGCUGCAGCUGGGGUGCCAAGUGCAGGUGCGGGACAGCAGUGGGCGCCGGCCCUGGGAGUACCUGGGCAGCUCCACCUCGGGGGAGAUCUGGCAGCUCCUGGAGGCACCCCGCGGCACAAUUAUGUUCCCCACGCAGCCCCUGGCUCGCAGCAUGUCCUCUGUCAGCAAGGUCUCGCUGUCCGCUGGCAGGGCAGCGCUGCCUGCCUGCCUCAGGCCGUGGCAUGGCCGUGGGGCAGCGUCCCACCGAACCGGCAGCGAGAGUGACUGAGAGACGGGUCCCUGGCAUCUCCUGCCAGUGGAGCUGGGACCUUGGUGGCCAUCCUGCAGGAGAAAGCCAGGCAGGCAGAAAAAAAGCUGUGAAACAGAUUGAACCUAUUGAAGAAUGUACUUUUAAAUUAAUCCAAUGAA